CCGGCCUCGCGCCUCGGUCCCACCGGAGCGCCCCUGCUGCCCAUCGCGACCCCCGGCGCUGCGGGAGCCGACGGAAAAUCGCGGCGCGUUCCGCACCGCCUGCCGAGCAAAUCCAGAUAAAAAGAAGUAUUUGGCUGCACCGUUUUGGACAGAAACUCAGAGGCAUCAGAACAGGUGAAUAAAAAAGAUGCUAAUGUUUGACCCAGUCCCUAUCAAGCAAGAAGCCAUGGAACCUGUUUCAGUGUCAUACCCAUCCAAUUACAUGGACCAAAUGAAGCCAAACAAAUACGGCGUCAUUUAUUCUACACCAAGUAUGUUGCACAAUAAAUUCUACUCCAGCUCUGAAGGACUAUCAAAUGGGAUCCAGAUGGAGCCAGUGGACCUUACAGUAAAUAAACGGAGCUCGCCGCCUUCAACUGGAAGUUCUCCUUCCCCACUGAAAUUUCAGACUGUGCACAGGAGAAGUUCACCUGGAUUGACUCUGUCCUCCCCCAGCUCACCUCUCAGUAAAUUCACACCGUCACCCCCAGGAGUGCAGCCUCUUUCCAUGCCAAUAACAAUCCCUCCUGUAAUGGCCGCUGCUCUCUCACGCCAUGGACUCAGGAGCCCUGGGAUACUCCCGGUCAUACAGCCUGUUGUGGUCCAGCCAGUUCCUUUCAUGUAUGCUCCCCAUCUCCAGCAGCCCAUCAUGGUGUCCACAGUUCUCCCAGAUGAUAUGGAAACUCCAAGUAGCAUGCAAGUGCCUGUCAUUGAGUCUUACGAGAAGCCCACACUGAAGAAAACAAUCAAAGUAGAGCCAGGAAGUGAACCAUCAAAGACUGACUUCUAUCCUGAACAAAUGUCACCUCCAAUGAUGACCUCAUUGUCUCCUCAGCAAGUAAUGUUGCAAGAGAAUCACCCUUCAGUUAUAGUUCAGCCAGGAAAGAGACCUUUACCUGUGGAAUCCCCAGACACACAACGAAAACGCAGAAUACAUCGAUGUGAUUAUGAAGGCUGCAACAAGGUCUACACUAAAAGCUCCCACCUGAAAGCUCACCGAAGAACCCAUACAGGAGAAAAACCGUACAAAUGCACUUGGGAGGGGUGCACGUGGAAGUUUGCUCGUUCUGAUGAACUGACGCGGCAUUUCCGCAAGCACACAGGAAUCAAACCCUUCCAGUGUCCAGACUGUGACCGCAGCUUUUCUCGCUCGGACCAUCUCGCUCUUCACAGGAAACGCCACAUGCUAGUCUGAAUGUCUUCUCUCCCUGACUCCUGCCACACUUUUUUGUUUUUUACACAUGCAUUUUAAUUUGGAUUCAGCUGGUCUGGAUCUCUGAGUUUAUACCAUUAAAAGCUUACGUAUGGUCAGUAACAGAUGUUAUCUAACCCUUCUAUGUCCUUGCCACGGGUCAGACCUAAAGAAUGUGAACACUUCUUUUUUUUCUUCUGGGGAUGCUAAGCAAACCCUUUCUGCAUUCAGUAUGUUUAUUGUAUUUCAUUUGUGAAUAAGGGAAUUUUUAAACUAACAGCUUUUGUUGUUUUCUUCAUAUAAUCAACCCAGCAUAUACUGAUAAAAUAGUAAAUGUUAUUGAAUAUCCGAAAUGCUAGUCCUUGCCAGAGACUAUUAUUUAUGUGCCCCGUAAGGGAUACACUCUCAUUUUAUGCUCAACAAUGCAAUGAAUGGACUUUACCAGCUGUGUUGAUUUCUGCAGUGUGGUUCAUACAACAGUUUUAGGAAGACACCUGAUUUAGAAAUCCCCUCUGCCCAAACAGUGAGUAAUACUGAGGAAAUAAAUCUAAACAGUGUAAUUGCUUUACAGAAGGAUUGAGUCAUAGUAUCAUUUACCCCAGUCAAGAAGAAAAAUGGGCAGGAAUUGGUCCGUACACAAUACUGUGCAUCUAAACCAAUGCCAUCUGUCAUCUGUAUAAUAGUGUAGUAUAUAUCCUUGUUUUUCUUGCAUAAUGCCCCAGUGGAUUUGUUAAAGGAAGACUUUGUGUGACUCUGUAUGUCUGGUUUCUGUGCAAGUGUAUGGAUGGAACGGCUUGAAGCUGAGUCAGGGGUUUACCAUCAGGAAGUUCUUCACCCAGAGAGUGGUUGGGCACUGGAACAGGCUUCCCAGGGAAGUGGUCACAGCACCAAGCCUGUCUGAGUUAAGCAUCUGGACAAUGCUCUCAGGCACAUGGUGUGACUUUUGG